AUGAACGAGGCAAAGAAACAGGGAGGCAUGGCUGCGGACGGGAUUCAGGGGUCGGGGGAGCUGCCGAUGGCCCCCACCGCGAACCACAGCCAAGACAACGGGCCCGGAGACGAGCUCGUCAGCUCGGUGUCGCUGUACCGGCGGAGGCCCCGGCUGUUGCACGGCACGGUCCUCCCGUUCCUAGCGUUCCUCUACCCGGUCUGGCUGUAUGUGUGGCUUGGUGUGUACGGCGCCUCGGAGUAUCCGGAGGCCGGCCUGCUCGCUCUCGCCGCCAUCGGGAUCGCGCACGUGCUCACCGCUCUCUCCGGUUAUUGGUCCGUGCAUGCGCACUGCUGGCUCACCUGUACUAAGGAGCCGGAUCCAGACAAGGCCACCCUUGCGAAGGUCAUCCCCACUCCCAACAAUGGAUCAGCAGAGCUGGUGCCUCUGCAGAGAGACCAGGAUGAGAAUGGCUCGAGGGUCCUGUCCUUUGAGUUCCAGAAGAUCUGCUAUGUGUUUGACGAUGCUGAGAGGAAGUGCUUCCUGCCGGUGGCCUUCCCCGUCAGCCAGCCCAUGGGCUUCUUCCAGGCCUGGCGUGGCUACCAGGAAGAGGCAGAGCUGCGGGCGGCGGAGAAGCGCUACGGCACUAACCGCGCAGAGAUGGUGGUGCCUGACUUCCUGGAGCUCUUCAAGGAGAGAGCCACCGCCCCCUUCUUCGUCUUCCAGGUGUUCUGUGUGGGCCUGUGGUGUCUGGAUGAGUACUGGUACUACAGCGUCUUCACACUCUUCAUGCUGGUGGCCUUCGAGGCGUCUCUGGUGCAGCAGCAGAUGAGGAACAUGUCUGAGAUCCGCAGGAUGGGGAACAAACCGUACAUGAUCCAGGUGUACAGGAACAGGAAGUGGAGGCCGGUGUCCAGCGACGAGCUGGUCCCUGGGGACAUCGUGUCAGUAGGACGCUCUCCCCAGGAGAAUUUGGUUCCGUGUGACGUGCUUCUGCUCAGAGGUCGCUGCAUUGUGGACGAGGCCAUGCUGACCGGGGAGUCCGUCCCGCAGAUGAAGGAGCCGGUGGAAGAUCUGGACCCAGAGAGAGUUCUGGACCUGCAGACCGACUCGCGCCUUCAUGUCAUCUCUGGCGGAACCAAGGUGGUCCAACACAGCCCGCCCCUCCGGGCCAGCGCUGGGCUCAAACCUGUGGAUAAUGGCUGUGUGGCCUAUGUGCUCAGAACCGGAUUCUACACUUCUCAGGGGAAGCUGCUGAGGACGAUCCUGUUUGGAGUGAAGAGGGUGACGGCCAAUAACCUGGAGACCUUCAUCUUCAUCCUCUUCCUCCUGGUGUUUGCCAUUGCGGCGGCAGUGUAUGUGUGGGUGGAGGGGACGAGGGACAUCAGCAGGAACAGGUAUAAGCUCUUUCUGGAGUGCACCCUCAUCCUCACCUCUGUGGUGCCACCUGAGCUCCCCAUCGAGCUCUCCCUGGCUGUCAACACCUCCCUCAUCGCCCUUGCCAAACUCUAUGUGUUCUGCACAGAGCCCUUCAGAAUCCCAUUUGCAGGGAAGGUGGAGGUUUGUUGCUUCGAUAAGACAGGCACUCUAACCAGUGACAGCCUGGUGGUGCGGGGCGUGGCCGGGCUCAGGGAGGGGAAGGAGGUGACUCCAGUCUCGGAGAUUCCGGUAGAGACACACCGCGUUGUGGCCACCUGUCACUCACUGGUCACUCUGGAUGAUGGACAGCUGGUGGGUGACCCGCUGGAGAAGGCCAUGCUCACUGCAGCCGACUGGACCCUCACUAAAGAUGAGAAGGUGUUUCCACGCGCCAUAAAGACUCCAGGACUGAAGAUCCACCAGCGCUUCCACUUUGCCAGCGCUCUGAAGAGGAUGUCAGUGCUGGCGUCCUACGAGAGGCUGGGCUCCACGGACCUCUGCUACAUCUCCACUGUGAAGGGGGCCCCAGAGACCCUGAGGAGCAUGUUCUCAGAGUGUCCAGACAGCUAUGAUGAGGUGCACAGAGAGAUGUCUCGGGAAGGAGCAAGGGUGCUGGCACUGGGCUACAAGGAGAUGGGACACCUCACCCACCAACAGGUGCGUGAGGUCACUCGGGACAUGUUGGAGUGCAGUCUGCAGUUUGCUGGGUUCAUGGUCGUCUCCUGCCCUCUAAAGAGUGACAGCAAAGCUGUCAUCAGGGAGAUCCAGGAGGCUUCACACCAUGUGGUGAUGAUCACAGGAGAUAACCCCCUCACUGCCUGCCAUGUGGCCAGAGAGCUCCACUUCAUCCAGAAGGAGCACACCCUCAUUCUGCAGCAUGUCCAGGGUGAAUGGCGCUGGGAGUCGAUAGACGGCAGUGUGCGCCUGCCACUGCCCCCUCCCUCAGUGUCCGGCCUGGUGAGCCAGUAUGACCUGUGUGUAACGGGGGAGGGGCUCGCCCGGCUGACCUUUGACCCCCGGCUGCUCCACGCCCUGCUUCCUCAUGUGCGGGUGUUUGCCAGGGUCAGCCCCAAACAGAAGGAGUUUGUGAUCACCAGUCUCAAGGGUCUGGGCUUUGUAACUUUGAUGUGUGGCGAUGGGACCAAUGAUGUUGGAGCACUCAAACACGCCCAUAUUGGUGUGGCCCUGCUGGCCAACGCCCCCGAGCGCAUGCCGGAGCGGAAGAAGAGGGGGAGGGAAAGGGAGGCCCCUGCUGGAGAGACGCGGCCCCUCCCUGUGUCGGGGUCCGGGGUGAAGCUGAGCUCGCGGGCCGCCAGGCAGAGGGUGAUGGCCCAGAGGGAGGAGCAGCUGGCCGCUCAGAAGGAGAGGAUCAGUCAGGUGCUGAGGGAGCUGGAAGAGGAUCAGAUCCAGGUGGUGAAACUGGGAGACGCCUCAAUCGCUGCCCCCUUCACCUCCAAACUGUCCUCCAUACAGUGCAUCUGCCAUGUGAUUAAGCAGGGGCGCUGUACGCUGGUCACCACGCUGCAGAUGUUUAAGAUCCUGGCCCUCAAUGCCCUGGUGCUGGCCUACAGCCAGUCUGUGCUCUACCUGGAGGGCGUCAAGUUCAGCGACUUCCAGGCCACACUACAGGGCCUGCUGCUGGCCGGCUGCUUCCUCUUCAUCUCCAGGUCAAAGCCUCUGAAGAGCCUGUCUCGAGAGCGCCCCCUACCCAACAUUUUCAACCUCUACACUGUGCUGACUGUGCUGCUUCAGUUUGGAGUUCAUUUCUGCAGCCUGGUGUACCUGUACAGAGGAGCCCAGAGCCGGAGCCCGCCCAGGACGGAGCAGUUUGUGGACCUGUAUAAGGAGUUUGAGCCGAGUCUGAUAAACAGCACUGUGUACAUCAUGUCCAUGGCCAUGCAGAUGGCCACGUUCGCCAUCAACUACAAGGGACACCCAUUCAUGGAGUCCCUGCGUGAGAACAGGCCGUUGCUGUGGAGUAUAGCGUUGUCAGGUUUGGCUAUCGUGGGGCUUCUCACUGGCUCAUCGCCUGAAUUCAACGAGCAGUUCGCUCUGGUGGAUAUCCCAGCUGAGUUCAAGCUGGUAAUUGCCCAGGUCCUGGUGGUGGACUUUGUUGCCGCUCUGCUGGUGGAUCGAGUACUGCAGUUCCUGCUCGGCAAAGGAACCCUGAGGCUGCCUUCAUGAGUCACCAUGCCAACUGCUGCCCUGGGCAACCACUGCCAUGGCAACCGCUGCCCUGAAAGACGAGACUGUGCGGAGAGGGGAGGGGUGGGGUGGGCGUGGCAUCCCGCAGGAAGAGGAGGCUCAGACCCCAGUGUUCACAGCCCUUUCAGGCCCGCAAUCAUUCCUUCAUCUUCCUCUCCUCUCUGCUUCAACCUCUCAUUCUUCUCCUUCCCCCUCCAACCCUCUCACCUUCUGCUCCUCCAACAGCAAGCCAAGACAGCAGUAUUGUGGGGAGUGAGUGUACACAUCUGAGCGUGAGCGUGUGUGUGUGCGCGUGCGUGUGUGUGUGUAUCAGGACACUUUCUCGUACACAUGACAGGGGUGUUCUCCAAGAGGAAGAUAAGUGUUUCUUUCGUUUCCUUCUCUUCAUUUUGUAAAAAGACAGAACUCUGAUGGACAUAUAAAAAGACCAAAAACAUGAAAUGAUACAAA